GAAUACUCCCUCAAUGCUUAUCUCUCAUUUCCUCUGUCAAUCUGUCUUUCACUCCUCCCUUCAAAACGCGUUUCCCACCAGUCUUCGCGUGUUCUGGUCUGCAUCGGCUCCUGUGUAGGCCGUGCUUCCAAUGCGAAAUCUGGUCCUGCAGCCGAUCCGACGCCGGCCACGGGAGGAAAGGUUAAACCCCAUGGAAUUUAAUGAAGAGCUGUAAAGGUCUGAAAUGGACAGCAGUGAGGGAAACACCUAUUAAUGGCUGGCCAGGACACAAGCCUGAAAGAGCAAAAGAAUCCUCAGGAGCGGGGCAUUCUACAUAUCUGGAGAGGGUAUGGUAGCUCUGAAAUCCCGGAGUUGCUGCCUGGUUUUGGCAGAAAGGUUGUGUUACAGGCUGCCCUGGGAACAGAACACGGACUAUUUCUGACUGAAGAUGGUGAAGUCUACAGUUUCGGGCACUUCCCAUGGAGACCAGACUGUGACAGUAGAGAUUCAGCACUCCCUAUGCUGGAGCAGGCAUUAGUUGGUCUGCACGUGGUUAAUGUGGCCGCUGGAAGCUACCACAGUGGAGCCGUGACCAAGGAUGGAGCACUGUACAUGUGGGGAGAGAACUCAUCCUGUCAGUGUGCAAUCGAGAAUCAGAGGCAGGUCCCCACGCCCACUCUGAUCCCAAUUUCUGACCCUGAAUCCAGCCCUCCUGAGCUGACUCAAAUAGUGCAGCUGGCCUGCGGAGAGCAGCAUACGUUGGCUUUGUCAUCGAGGCGGGAGGUCUGGGCCUGGGGGAGCGGCUGCCAGCUGGGACUCAUCACUGCAACCUUCCCUGUGGCAAAGCCUCAGAAGCUGGAGCACCUGGCCGGCCGGGUGGUGGUGCAGAUCGCCUGCGGUGCCCACCACAGCCUGGCGCUAGUUCAGAGACCCUUGCCCCAUGAGAAGCAGAACUCUGAAAAGUGCCACCACUGCCACCAGCUGCUGCUGACCAUGACUGACAAAGAAGACCAUGUGAUCAUAUCCGAUAGUCACUACUGCCCCCUGGGUAUGGUGCUGUCCGAGUCUGAUCCCAAACCUUCUCAGUCAGACCUAGAAAACCACUCCCUUUCUCUCCCUCCCAAUCAUACUGCAGAGUCUCACACCACUGAACUACCUCAGAACAUGCAGCCCGAACAUGUCCUCUCUGUCGCCGAUCAGGUGGAACUGACACAAUAUCUAGGCAAAACUGAGGAUGGCAAUACAUCCAAUUCACUACUGGAGCCUAACGGAGCCCUGAAUAACUCGAAACCCAGGAGCUCUCAGUACCCUGAUGAGAAGGCCGUGCAGGAGUACCUCAGAAAACUGUCGGACAUUUCCCAGCAGGACAUCCCCAUGAAAAGCACACACCUUCCAUGCUCGCGACACUCACCUUCGUUGGAGGAUGCCUGUCCCGCCAGUCCUUCAUCUGCGGCUCCAUCGGCAUUCAAUAAUCUGGUGGUUUCCUGCGCCUCAGUGGUUGGCGAGAGAAUGGCAGCCACUUAUGAAGCCCUGUCCUUCAGAAAGGUUGUGAACUACUACUACCAGUCUCCAAGUCUGCCAGAGAGCAGUGGCAGCAGCACGGCAAGCGGUGGGACCCAGCACAAGGAGACGAGGGAGGAGCGGAUGAAAAGUGAAGAGUGCAUGCCCGACAAGAAAAGCUUCAGCUUGGGGGAUAUCCGAGAACAAGGGUCAGAGGGCAUGUGUCGCCGCUUGUCUCUACCAGGACUUCUAUCUCAAGUUUCACCCAGGCUUCUCAGAAAAGCAGGACAUGGCAGAAUCAAACGAGUGAGCCUAACUCCUACGCCAGGAAGUGACACUGAUACAAACCUUCCUUCCUUACAGACCGAGCUAUGGAGCUGGGGACGAGGUAAAGAGGGCCAGCUGGGUCAUGGAGACGUGCUUCCCAGGCUUCAACCCUUGUGCAUCAAGAGUCUGAACAAUAAAGAAGUUGUCCAAGUAGUUGCUGGAGCAUAUCACUCACUUGCCUUAACUGCCAGGUCACAGGUCUAUUCAUGGGGCAGUAAUACCUUUGGACAACUUGGCCACACAGAGUCACCAACUGUUGUCCCUCGCCUUGUCAAGCUUCCUGAAGGUCUGCACGUGUGGGAUGUGGCGGCAGGACAGGGACAUACACUCUUUUUGGCUGAUGGGGAAUUUUUCCAGCCCAACGUGUACUACAGUGGACAGCAAGUUGUACAUGACACCAAGGACACUAACUGCAGUCUGCCUUACACCAAGCAACCUGUGCUUCUGUCAGCAUGCAAAGAGCUUGGCUACAUAAACAGUCUGUUUGCUGGAGGGCAGAGGUGCCUUGCUCUUGCAGAUAGGAAUGUCAUGGGUUAUAUCGCCAGCUUACAUGAAUUGGCAUCAUCAGAGAGGAAAUUCCACUCUAAGCUAAAUGAUAUGAAAAAUCAGAUUCUCAGACCUCUGCUGGGUUUAGAUAAUUUGGCUUCUGCUUUGGGAUCAACACUGAGUCAAUUACUACAGGCUGCUGCUAGUAAAUUUAGUAAACUCUGCUACCUGAUUGGCCAACACAGUUUCACCUUGAAUAAAUUUCUUCACAGUUCAAAAGAUGUCAAAACACUUGUCAUGUUGGAGAAUUCAAAGGUCUUCCUGGACACUUUCAAAGAGUACUCCAGUUCGGUGGGGAACUUUGUGGUAGUUGGUGGUUUUCAAGCAUUAGCCAAACCAACAGUGGAGCUCUUCAGCAGAAAUCUUCAGACCCUCCAGCAGUUGUCGGAAGUGACAGAUGAGAAUGUUUCAGCUGCUGACCUCUUGCAUAUUCUCUUCUACAUACCUACCAGGCAAUUGCAUGAAUAUGCACGUUUGCUGCUGAAGCUUGCAACCUGUUUUGAAGUGACCUCCAAGGAAUACCACAAAUUGCAGGAAGUCAGCUGCCAGUGUGAAGCUCUUGGUCUACACUUGAAGAAGAAACAGAAGGAGGCAGAAUACACAUACAGCUUUUGGAAGACUUUUCCAGGGAAAAUGACGGAUUCUCUGAGAAAACCAGAACGUCGACUCAUCUGUGAGAGCAGUAACCGGGGCUUGACACUGCAACAUGCUGGUAGAUUCUCCAUCAACUGGUUUAUCCUUUUCAAUGAUGCACUUGUCCAUGCUCAGUUUUCCACUCACCAUAUAUUCCCCCUCACCACGCUCUGGAUAGAACCGCAACUUGAAGAAAGCAGCAACCCGAAUUCCCUGAAGAUAACUACACCUGAAGAACAGUUCAUCCUCACUGCGGCGUCUCCACAGGAGAAGACAAAGUGGCUAAGAGCAAUUAACCAAGCUGUAGAUCAGGCAUUGAGUGGAGCUUCAGAUAACAUGGCUCUUGGACUGGGUGGUGUCAUGAGAGUAGAACCUCCAAUUUCUCGCACUGCCAGUUACACCUUCUACAAGGACCCACGGCUGAAGGAGGCAACCUACGAAGGUCGUUGGUUGGCUGGAAGACCACAUGGCAAGGGUGUAUUGCGGUGGCCUGAUAAGAGAUUCUAUUCUGGCGAUUUCAAAAAUGGUUUGGAGGAUGGGUAUGGAGAGUUGAUUGUGACCUGCAAAGCACUCAAGAAGAACAACCACUAUCAGGGCCACUGGAAAGAAGGCAAGAUGCACGGCCAUGGAAUUUAUAAGUAUGCCACAGGAGAGGUGUAUGAGGGAAAUUUUCAAGAUAAUAUGCGUCAUGGGCAUGGCUUGCUCCGAAGUGGAAAGCUGACGUCGUCCUGUCCCAGCAUGUUCAUUGGCCAGUGGGCACAAGACAAAAAAAUGGGCUACGGUGUAUUUGAUGAUAUCACAAGAGGAGAGAAGUACAUGGGCAUGUGGUUGGAUGACACUCGCCACGGGAAUGGAGUUGUGGUCACUCAGUUUGGCCUGUACUAUGAAGGCACCUUCAGCAACAACAAAAUGAUGGGCAAUGGUAUCCUGCUGUCUGAGGAUGACACCAGCUUUGAAGGAGAGUUCUCCGAUGACUGGAUCUUAAAUGGAAAGGGAGUUCUGACCAUGGCAAAUGGUGAUUACUUUGAGGGAACUUUCAGCGGAGAGUGGGGAGCAGGGAUUAAAGUUGCUGGAACGUACUUCAAACCUAAUUUAUAUGACAGCGACAGAGAGAAAGCUCAUGCAUUGAAACUAGGCCAACUGGCAGUUGAUCCUGAUGAGAAAUGGAAGGCUGUGUUUGAGGAGUGUUGGAGUCAACUUGGUUGUGAAUCUGCUGGGCAGGGAGAUGUCCUCAGGGCCUGGGAGAACAUUGCAGUGUGUCUCACCACAAGCAAACGGCAGCACAAGGAUAGCCCUGAUUUCCGGAGUCGAUCUCAUGCACAAACACUGGAGAGUUUGGAAAUCAUCCCUCAGAUUGCUGCCCCUAUCACACUGGACAAGUAUGAAGCCAUCAGAAAAUACUUAAUGAAGGCAUGUGACACGCCUUUACACCCACUGGGGUAUCUCCUGGAGACAUUGGUAGCAGUAUAUAGAAUGACUUAUGUGGGAGUUGGUGCUAACCGGCGGUUACUACAGCAAGCAGUCAACGAAAUCAAGUCAUACCUAACUCGCAUAUUUCAGCUGGUCAGAUUUCUUUUUCCAGACCUCCCAGAUGGGGGCAGUCUGAUCCCAGUAAGAGAUAAGAAAGCUCCUGGCAGUGAGGAAGAGGAAUCCUCUGAUACUGGGAGCCAAAUGAUCACAAGUUGCAGUCUGCUCCUUCCAGUUCUCUUACCAAGGCUCUACCCGCCUCUCUUCACACUCUAUGCUCUGGACAAUGAGAGGGAAGAAGACAUUUACUGGGAUUGUGUGCUCCGACUGAACAAGCAACCGGACCUGGCGUUACUGGGCUUCCUUGGGGUGCAGCAGAAGUUCUGGCCCAUUACUGUCUCUGUGCUGGGAGAGAAGAUUGAGAUUCAAUCCACCACAAAGGAGGUUUGCUAUGCUUCCGCUGUUGAGUGUUUACAGCAGAUCAGUACUACUUUCACUCCAGCUGACAAGUUGAAGGUUAUUCAGCAGACCUUUGAGGAGAUCACACAGGAGGUACUGACGAUGCUGCAGGAAGAUUUCCUGUGGUCCAUGGAUGAUCUGUUCCCUGUCUUUUUAUAUGUGGUGCUUCGGGCAAGGAUCAGGAACCUGGGAUCAGAAGUUCACCUUAUUGAGGAUCUGAUGGACCCCUCUGUUCAACAUGGAGAACAGGGCAUUAUGUUCACCACGCUAAAGGCCUGUUAUUAUCAAAUUCAGCAUGAGAAGCUAACAUAGAAGAACAACCCUUCCUCUUGCUGAUGGAGUGGUCCUUCGCACAGUUGGAGAGUGUUGGCCUGCCCACAGACCCAUAGACACAUUACCUCAUACAUUCAUGUAUUAGCUCACAUAAGCCCGCACAUUUAGCAUUCCCCCACAACCACAGCUUCCCUUUCACCCUCUGCCACAGCUUCCCACACAUUUCAUACCUGUUUCCCAUCCACUCCCUCAGCCAAAUCACACCUGUACACCAUUGCUCCUCUUCUUAUCUAAACAGCCAGCAACUACCCAUCUCACAAAUGAAAAUCCAGUGAUGAUGUGCUCUGUAGUGUUUUAAGUCUAAAUAAUUGAAUGUACAUCUUGUUUUACUUGGAAUUGGUAUUUAAUUGAAUAAUAAAGGGUAACUUGUUACUCUAGGAUAAAAGGUUCUGAAUGUAGCAGUGUAUAGAAGGGAAAUGUAUUACAUUGAAGUAUUGUAAAUAUACAUUAUGUCACAGAAUGCUGGACUGUUUUGGAAAUAGCACAUAACAUUUAAGCAUUUGUUUAAAAACUUUCUGCACUAAUACACUGUACUUCAAGGAUGGAAAGCACUGUCACGACCCAGCCAUUUGGACCAAUAAUAUUUCAUGAGCACAUAACUCCCUGUCUGUUUGGGAUAAUACCAGUGUGGUGUGUAGCUGACCCGAAUGGAGAUAAAAAUCAUAAUGUAACUAAAUGAAUCUAUACAAAAUCCAUUAAAUAGAAUACAACUGGAGAGCUGUGCAGUUUUGAACUUCACAUUAUAGGAAAUGUUACAGAGACGGCAUGCUUCAUGCUCUGUAGGAAUUGGGGUUGUUUUCAUUAGAAUUGAGGACUCUUAAUGGAAUGAAACCAAGCAGAUAGAUACAGGGCAUCUCCAAUGAGUGGGGGCUUUGGAAUGUGCAUCAAAAACAUGAGAGUUUGAGUUGCUUUUUUUUAACGUGAGUUUUUAAAGUAGGAAAUUCUGUAACUUAAGACAUGGGUACCUUUAGUGAAUCAGUCACAUUCAGGUAUUUUCAAGAAACCAGAAGUGAAUGUUGACAGAUUUCAGGCCUACAAGGUUUGGUAACAGAAUAGGAGGUGUGAUACUAUAAGCGGAGUUUGAGCAAAUCUUAAAAUCCAAGUGUUGCUCAACUGAGAGUAGUGUAGGUCAGUUAGCACAGAAGUGAUGGGUGAAUUUUUGCAGUGUUUUCAAUUGAUUUUUUUUAAGGAAUAGAAUGAACAAUGCCAAAGAUGAGUGUGCUGGAAUUCAUCCUAGAGACAACAAAGGUAGGUUAGAGCAGUUGAUGACCUUGUGUGGAGCAGAAUGGAGUAGUGUUGGGGAGGUGGAAGUUUGUAGCCUGAAGAAGGAUCUACACCUAAAGUCAAAAGUUCAUGUUAGGUUCCAGUUUGCAUCUUGAGUCAUCUGAUACAGCUUAUUUCCAAAGGGAUGGAGUCAGUGGCAAGGAAGGAAUUGUGUCCAAGAUGAAUGACUUUGAUUUUCUGAGUGGUUCGUCGGAAAAUAUUUCCUAUCAUUUGAUAAGACCAUAAGACAUAAGAGCAGAAUUAGGCCAUUCAGUCUGCCUUGCCAUUCCAAUAUGGCUGAUUUAUUCCUCUCAACCCCAUUUUCCUGCCGCCUUUGUAAUGUUUGACACCCUGAUUAAUCAAGAACAUCUGCUUUAAGUAUAUUCAAUUACUUGACCUCCACAGCAUAUCUUUUGGAUAAGGGGCCCAAAAUCGGCCUCUUUGCACCUCUGAUUUUUGAAUAUGUUCCCCAUUCAGAAAAUAGUCUACACCUUUAUUCCUUCUACCAAAGUGCAUUAUCAGACACUUCCCUACACUGUGUUCCAUCAGCCACUACUUUGCCCAUUCUCCCAAACUGUCUAAAUCCUUCAGCAGACUCCCUGCUUCCUCACCUAUCUGUCCCUCCAUCUAACUUUGUAUCAUUCACAAACUUAAUCACAAAGCCAUCAAGUCUGUCAUCCAAAUUAUUGAAAUAUAAAGUGGGGAAAAAAACUGAUUCCAAUACCAACCUCUGCAGAACUAGUCACCAGCAGCCAACCAGCAAAGGCUCCCUUUAUUCCCACUCUUUGCCUCCUGCCAGUCAACUAAUCUUCUAUCCAUGCUAGUAUCUUUCCUGUAACACCAUGGGCUCUUACCUUGUUAAACAGCCUCAUGUGCAAUACCUUGUCUAAGGUCUUCUGAAAAUCCAAGGAAACAACAUCAAUUGACUCUCCUUUGUCUAUUCUGCCUGUCAUUUCCUCAAAGAUUUCCAACAGAUUAAUCGGGCAAAAUUUCCCCUUAAGGAAACCAUGCCAACAUUGGCCUAUUUUAUCAAGUUGCCUCCAAGUACACUGAAACCUCAUUGUUAAAAGUGAACUCCAACAUCUUCCCAGUCACUGAAGUCAGUCUAACUGGCCUAUAAUUUCCUUUCUCUGCUCCUCACUCCUUGAAGAGUGGUGUGACAUUUGCAAUUUUCUAGUCUUCCAAAAACAUUCUGGAAUCAAUUGAUUCUUAAUCAUCACUAAUGCCUCCACAGCUACCUCUUUAAGAACCCUGAGGUGUAGUCCAUCUGGUCCAAGUGACUUGUCUACCUUCAGACCUUUCAGCUUCCCAAGCACCUUUUCUUUAGUAAUAGCACCUACUCACUUCUGCCCCCGACACUCUUGAAUUUCUGGCAUGCUGCUGGUGUCUUCCACAGUGAAGACUGAGGCAAAACACUUACUCCAUUUGUCUGCUGUUUCUUUGUCCCACAUUACUAUCUCUCCAGCAUCAUUUUCCAGCAGUUCAAUGUCCACUCUUUUUCUUUCUUUUCACUCUAUAUAUCUGGGCAUGGGGGAAGAGCUUUUGUAUCCUUUUAUAUUUUUGGCUAGCUUGCCUUCAUAUUUCAUCUUUUUCUUUUUUUAGUUGCCUUCAAUUAUUUUUUAAAGCUUCCCAAGCCCCUAACUUCCCACUAAUUUUUGCUCUAUUAUAUGCCUUUUCUUUUGCUUUUACGCUGUCUUUUACUUCCCUUGUCACCCACAGUUGCCUCAUUCUCCCUUUUAAAAUACUGCUUGAUCUUUGGGGUGCAUCUGUCUUGUACCUUCCGAAUUAUGCCCAGAAAUUCCAACUAUUGCUGUUCUGCUAUAUCCCUGCUAGUGUCUCCUUCCAGUCAAUUUUGGCCAGUUCCCCUCUCGUGCCUCUAAUUCACUUUACUCCACUGUAAUACUGAUACAUCUGACUUGGAUUUCACCCUGUAGAGGGAGAAGAUGAUCAUGUUAUGAUCACUGUCUCUUAAUAGUCCCUUGAGCUCCUUGAUCAAAUCUGGUUCAUUACACAACUCAACUUUUCAAAGUUCAACUUCUCAACUUACUCAAUCCAACUUUUCCUUUCCCCUAGUGCUUUAAAAAGCCACCUCAUGGGCUUUCUACAAACUCCCUCUCUUGGGAUCCAGCACCAACCUGAUUUUCCCAAUCUACUAUCUGCAUUUUGAAAUCCCCCAUGACUAUCAUAACAUUGUCCUUUUUACAUGCCUUUGCUAAAGUAUCUCCCAUUGUAAUUUGCAUCCCACAUACACAGGCCUCUGAACAGUAGCCAGUAUAAACUCCUAUUGGUCUUUUACCAUUGCAUUUUCUGAGCUCUGCCCGCAAAGAUUCUAUGUCUUCUGAUCUUGUCACCUCUUUCCAAGGAUUUGAUUUUUUUUUACCUACUGAGCCACCCCACCUCCUCUACCUACCUACCUGUCCUUUUGAUACAAUGUGUAUCCUUGGAUGUUAAGCUCCCUAAUAUCUUUUUCAGCCAUGACACAUUGAUGGCCACAACAUCAUUCCUGCCAAUCUCUAAUUGCAUUACAAGAUCAUCUACCUUAUUCUGUAAACCAUUUGCAUUCAAAUGUAGAACGCUUCAUUUCUGUAUUCAUCACCCUUUUUGAUUUUGCUCUGAUGUUACAAUUCAACUCCUCCUACUGACUGUAACUUUGCUUUAUUGUCUUUGCUCACAGUCUCACUAUAUAUCGCAUCUGCUUGUAUACCAACUGCAAUGGUAUACCAUCCUCAGCCCUAUCAGUCCGGUUCCUAUCUCCCUGCCAAAUAAGUUUAAACCAGGUGUUCCCAACCCAGGAUCCACAGAUCCCUCAUUAAUGGUAGAGGUCCAUGGCAUUAAAAAGGUAGGAACCCCUGGUUUAAAUGCUCUUGAUUCUGCCUGAUGCUGGAUCUCAAAUCAAAUUCAAGUUUAAUUAUCAUUCAAUCAUACAUGAAUAUGCCAAACGAAAGUGUUCCUCUGGGGUCAAGAUGCAAAACAUACACAGCAUAUUCAAAAUAGAAGCAAAAAAAGUAGUCACACAAAAAAAAGACGUAUUUAGCCCGAGUCCCACAAAUUUAUGCUGUAAUUCCCAGCAGUGCGCGAACAUUCAUAUGCAAUCCAGCUUGUCAUUCCACUAAUUGAACACUGGAGGGCGGCACUGACAGGAGAGGCCAGUCCCAGAAUGGAGAGGUGAGGAAAACAGCUUAUCAUUAACUUGUUGUAAUUAACAUUGUUUUAAGAUGCUGAGGAACUGCCUGCCUCUAGGUGAUAAGUAGAUAAGAGUCAAAGAUUGACUUGGAAACAACAGAAUGAAAAUGGACACCACAGUGUUGCAAUUAGUAAGUUGCGGCCUUGUCUCGGUUCGGUCCUGACCUUGGGUGCUGUCUUUGGCUGCAUAGGUUUCCUCAUGAUUUUUUUCUGUUAACAGCAUGCAGUUUGGUAGAUUAAUUGGCCAUGGUAGUGUGUCAGUAAUUGGCCUGUAGAGUCGGUGAGUGGUAAAAUUUGGGAUGAGUUGAUCAAAAUGUGAGAAAUAAAAUUGCAUUAGAAGAGGAUGAACAUAAAGUGAUGCUUGAUAAUUGAUGUGGAGUUUGGUAUCCCCAUGUUGAAGAGGAAAAUAAUUACUGGCUCCCUGAGUCUUGUGAGGGUGAGAGUACUGUUGGUUCCUCUGCCCUGGAAGGGGUGAUGUUCAAAUGAUGCCAUCUCUCUCUGCCCCUGAGAUAGAUACAGUAUCUGCAAGAGAACUAUCCCCUACACUGAAAGGUCUUCACUGUUCUAUUUUCUGAUUUUCAUAUCCCCAACACUAUCCACAGGCCUGUUGUUCACUUGCAUGAUCCUCCCCACCUCGUUAAAUGGCUGAUUUGAAGUGAUCAAAGUGCAUUGAAUUCUCACAUUGUAUAGAAAUGGGAAAAGAGGGAGUUUGAUCCUUAGUAAUCAUUCUUUGCAAUUAAUUCUUCCUGAAUGGAUUACUCCUGUCUUCCCAAACUACUUCCAGAUACUUUGCAGUUCAUAAUGCUGUAAAUCUUUAUUUCCCUGUGCUUCCAUUGUCCAACUUUGGAAGGGUAAAUUCUGUAAGUCCAUUGAAAAAAUGGAUCACGGGAGCAAAGUAUCACUUUUUUUGUGGUCAGUCAGUUGCACUUUGCUCCAAGUCAGGAUUGUGGCCUCAACCCACUAGAAAUCUAAGCACAUAUAUUGGCACUUUCACUUGGUCUGAAAAGUUUUGGGUUAGACCAUAAAAUAUAGGAGCAGAAUUGGGCCAUUUAGCCCAUGCAGUCUGCUCCUCCAUUCAAUCAUGGUUGAUCCUUUUAUUUCCCUCUUUCUCAGCCCCACUCCCCUGCCUUCUCCCUGUAACCUUUGAGGCAGUGUCCAAUCAAGAACCUAUUUUGUAGAUUGUAAGUGAAGAUGAUAUCGUAAGCUCCUUUUUGGAGGGACAAUGUUGGUGGUAUUGCACCAAAAGCAUUUUCUCUAAUAUUCUUGUCAAUGUCCAUUCCCCAGUCAACAUGAAAUCUGAUUUACCAGGUUUGUUCUCGUGGACUGGUCUGUCUGAACUUCUGUUCAGAUUGUCUGCUGGGUUCCAGACCUCAAACCUGAGACCAUGCUUCACAGUAAUGAACUGAUUGAUUAAUGCUUUCAGGUGUAGUGAAAGCAUCUGCAGAAUUAAAACUUUUCUCUCUGGUUUUGGACCAGAGGUGUGAGAAAUUUAUUUUGUUGAAUUGUUCUUCUUUUGCCAAGUGGACAGAAGAAAAAGGGAAGAAUUUACUACCUUUUGGAGCACACUGUUUCUGAAGAGUCAAUUUUAGCAUUUCAUUAUGUAAUUGAAGCUGCCAUUCAGAUAAAUGAGGAUUUCUAAGAAAUAUUUAAUUUGAAAAGAAUAAACUUGGAGCUAAACAAAAACAAAUAAUCUCAAACUGUUUGUUUUAUUCUGCAUAUCUGCCAAAAUGCUGCUGCACUCAAUUGACCAUUAUUUUUCUGAUUAGCAAACGGUUAACACUUGCCUACAACAUUACACUACAGUAACAGCAAUCUUAACCCAAGGCUGGGCAUUUUUAACAGAUGAAGGAAUUUAAUUUAGUUUCCCUGCUUCUUUUUCUUCCUUAUCACCUCCAUUGCUAAAUCUAUGUGCUCAGUUCCCUUCUAAGCCAUGAGCAGAUACAGCUCUUGCAGAGAAAGUAGAUUAUGAAUAUUAAACACUGUACAAAAUCCCUUCUACCACACCCACUAGGAUGAAGUUCUCCCUGCCAUCUGUUUCUCAGAUGGAGUGGCAAUCUGUCCUGUUCACGGCGCCAGAGAGUGUUUAACCAUCACUGGAUCUUCAGCACAUUCCCAAUUAUGACCCUAUCUUGUCUACCCCCUCAUAGCAUCAUUUACCCCACCCCCGUCUCUACCACUUUCCUGCAUCCUCCUGGGGAGUUGCAGUUUACUGAGCCGAGUUACCUUUCAACUUUUAACGUAUUUGAAAUGACUAAGCUUCCUUAAAUGUAUAUUUAACAUAAUGUUGAUUGACAUCCUGUUUGAGUGGCCUGCUGUUGACAAGUUCUAUAAAUGCCAGUGUCUUUUAAUCUCUACUGAAAACCAUUUGGAUGCCCUCACCCUUGGCUCUCCUAACUCUGCAGGGUGCUUGUCCUAGAAAUUAUCGUUUAUUUCCUUGUCAUUGAAACCUUUCCAUUCCCAGCUAGAUCUACGGGCUUCUGUUUCUAGGAUGGCUGAGAUCUCCCACAGCAGCAGAUAAAGCAUCUUAUCGAGCUGGCUGCUCCAAUUUUCACAGGGCCUUUCCUUGGGCAGUCUGCCUGAUGUCUCCUCUCCAUAACACUCUACCCACUUGAAUGCCUAUGUUGAUUGUUGUAGGGAGAAUUGGCACACAGGCAUGGGUAGGUAGAAUGUGUCUUAUUCUCUUACCAUGAGUUUAUAAAGAAUUUUAAUUGCUUUUUAAAAUUUUUGCUGUUUUGUGUAUUGUUGGCAUUGAGCAUGAAGUAUUGCAGGAAACUCGCUAAUCUCUGAAUUAUGACAUUAAUUUAUUAUAAUAGUAUUCUCCAUUGAUUCCCCUCUCCCUCCCCAGUAGUGAAAAGUAGCUUCACUCUGACCCUAACUGCCAGAAAAUGACAAUUACUUGAAGAUGACACAAUUGGAUCCUGACAUGAUUCCAUUGUUUACAAAGGCAUUUGGUGAUGAGAAGAUGACCUGAUGCACCAAGUAACCAAAGAUAAAUGAUGGAAAUGAAAAGCAGGGCAUUGCAAAGCCUGUAGGACAGGAACCCUGCAGAGAGCCUUAAGUGCUUUAUCUCUGUAAAAUAUGCCUCAGUGGUUUACAGUAUCCUGUUUAUUAAUAAAGAUUAAUAUUUUGUAUUGUGAAAAUUGUUUAAAAAGAGAUUUAAUUCUGAAGUAUGUACAGAGCUGAUUAGAACUGAUGCUGCAUACUGGAGUGCUUCACAGUACAUUGAACUAUUGUAACCUACUUGGUGGCAAUAAAGUGGAAAUAUGGUUUUCUUCA